CGGACGGUCCCAUGUGUCGUGUGUCGUAUAAUUUUCUGCUUGUAUGACAUGAGGUCUGUUAGAAGAACAUCAUUCUCAAUUUUCUGACAGUGACAAACUUUCAUAUUUUGGAUUAUUUCGAUUUAAUCAGAAUGGGACAAGGGCACACUCGAUCUCAUCAUGGUAACGAAAGUGGAUCUGACACUUCAUCCCAAUCCUUAAACUAUUCACACUCAAAAAGGAAUUCGGCAUGUUUGAUGAAAUUGUUUCAGAAGUUGGAACUGACUGCAGAUGAAGACCACAGUCACCCAGGAGAACUUAGCAGAACAACAUUUGAGAAUGCCUUUCAUGGUCCCUUGGAUAAGUUUGGGAAGCUGCUGUAUCUACAAAUGACACAAAACCAUGGCAACCACUCAAGGGAACGCAUCACCAAGGAGCAGUUUGUGAAGUCAGGGAAAGAAAUCAUCAAAAUGUUUGAUGAGGCUGUGCAGCUCAAGUAUUAUUUUCAUCUGUUUGCAGCAGGAAAAGAUCAUAUGAACAAAGAAGAUGCUCUACAGAUGAUCAGUGUGGCUUACGCUCUGACUCUAUCUGCCUCCUCUAUACCAUUCAACAAGACCAGUAAAGACGAGCAAGUUUUUUCUGCAAUGGUACAGAGCAUGUUUGGUAUAAAUGAGAAGCUGACAUUCGAGGACUUCAAGCAGUGGACACAUCGUCACAGUCCACAUGUUUUCUGGGGGGUUCACAACUGGGUCUACACCAUCAUGACAGGGUCCAAAAUGCCGGAGGAACAGGAAGUCAGUGCGCCAGUUCCUCUUCUUGAGAAAUUUGUGGAGGGGAAGUACUGUAUGUGUAUGGGUAUGUUAUGGGCACUGUCCACUGUUCUACCCUCCUCAUACACUCACACAGACAAGGAAGAAGGUAGCGAGGCUCCUUCAACCUCAAAUAAAAAUCCACUUCUAACGUCCUACAUGGUCAUGAUGAAACUUGCUCGUCUAUCAAAGUGUCAGAGUUGGGCAUUACUGUACGACAGCACAGAACAUGGACUCUCACAAAACCGAUUUGCUCACCAUGUGAUGUCAUACCAAGGACCAACAGUGACCUUGGUGUCAUUUGAAGGUCGUAAUGUGUACUGUAUAGCUGAGGAUAGACAAUGGAGGGAAGGGUUACAGAAAUUUGGAGAUGUGGAUAGCAUGUUAAUACAACUUACACCUGUCUACAGAGUCAUACAAUCUGGUGGUCCAUUGGUUCAGUGGAAUGAACACUCGCGUGAUGUAAAAAAAGGAAUUCAUGUUGGUAAAGACUCUAAAUCUCUAGUCCUGUCCAUCCCCUCAGACUUUGACAAGGUGGAACAUUACCACAUUCCAUGUGAAAUACAUAAACUUGAGGUUUGGGGAUGUGGUUCAGAGCAGGCAAGAGAUGCUCAGCUUCAGCAAAAGAAGUGGGAAUACAAGAAUGCAGAAAAACACCAGGCAAGAAAGCUUCGUUUGGAUACCAACUGGGAUGAGAAUCCAGACAAACAGAUCUUACAGUGGGGCGGCAUCAAUGUUGAUCAUCAGUACUCAAGGGAUGGAGGAUUCUGAAAAAUUUCUCUCCACAAGAGGUUUUUUUUUAACUAACUGGAGAUACCUGUGGUUCUAGCCGAUGUUCUUUUCAAAGGAGGCAACUCCUCAUGAUUCCCCGAACAUCAUGGGUGAAAUCAUCAAUCCAUAUAGGAAAAUCAGUAUAAAAAACUAUAUUAGCCUCAAAGUAUUUUAUUUAUUUGAAGUGCGUUGUUGAAUGCUUAAGGUACGAGUUGACAUUCUUCAGAAGGGAGGUAACUGCUUAUAACUGCCAAUAACACCUCGAGUGAAGUCAUCUAUUUGUAAAUUUAGUACAGCAAUGAAACAAGAAGUAUGAUCAUUUUAAGCCAUAUGGUAUAUUGUUAAUUUGAAUUGUUUCCAGUACCAGCUGAUAUUCCUCUAAGGGAGGUAACUCCUUAUGAUGUGACUUAUCAUGACUGGUGAAGUCAUCUAUAUGUGAACUUGGUACGCCAAUGAUAGUCAGUAUAAACACAUGAUUAAGUACUUUGUGUAAUUGAAGUGAGUUGUUUUACGUACAGGAGUUGGUGACAUUCCAUAAUUUCUACUGUAAAACAAAAUAUAUCCUAAUUGUUUAUAAUAUAACUUGUUUAUUUUGUGUACUGCCAUUACUGUGAUAAUGUUACUGGAGUCGGUAAUCAUCCAAUGUUCUGUGAGUCAAUGUUAGUCCCCUGAACUUUGGAACAACUUUGAUUGAAUAAUCAGUCUUAGGUAAAGCAGUUCAAUAAUUUAGCAACAUAUUUUCAGUUUUUACCUAAAUCAUAUAAUUAGUUAAAAUAUCAACAACCUAGGUAUUUUAUGUUAA